ACCGAAAGCCUAUGUUGCCGUCGUGUUUCUCGGCUAGCUCGUCAACUCGAAAGCGUCGAUCUCAUUUGGCUCCGCACCGUGCCGUCAGUUCGUACUGUCGACGGCGCUGCUGCCCCUGCUGCUAGCCUCCGCUCCUCCUGACGUGUACUACAACUUUGAGCAUGGCGCUCGCAAGCGGUUUUCCUUGCGCCGUGCUCUUCCUAGUUUUUCUAUGUGAGAGUAACUUCGUUAGAGCUUCAAGUCUACCGACACGCAUCUUAUGUGUCGACAAAGGGUGUCAAGGGAAACUAGGCGAAGGAAUCACGUUACAGGCCUAUGCUCCCAUCAAGGACGGUUACAUCAGAUUUGGCAAGAAUGAAAAGGUCACAGUCUUCGGCAGGACAGAGAAAAGUGAUGUCCUGCACAUUGAGGUCGGGGAGAAGCGUGGCUACGCCCCUGAAAACGUUAUCAAGAUUGAAAGGAUGUUUGUCACUAAAGAUCAGCUUGUUGAAGUUGAGGUUGUGUCCAUCCAACCUUCGAAGACUGUUUCGGAGGAAGCAACCCAAGCCACAGUACUACUCACAGAGCCCGUGCCCACUGAGGCGACGCCGAGUCCGGCGAUCGUGAAGAGGUGCCGGAUAUACGGCACUGUUAUGAGCGGUUCCAUAUGCGACGAUGAGGAUGCCAGCGAGCUGAUUGAAGAGGUUGACGCAGUGACUCAGCUGGAGAGCAGUGCGGAUGAUUCGCCAACGUCUUCGCUCGACACCUGGUCGCCCUCGUUUACGACUGAUAUAAAGCUUGAUUUGUCAUCUGAAGUGUACAGCGGUAAAGGUUCAGAAGAGACUGUGACAGUGAGCAGCACGGAACUUUCAGGUUUGAACCAUACGCAAGGUGACGAUGCAGAUGUUGGGAAAGAAAAGGCAGCCUCUAAUGAGCAGCCAUUGAGCGCCUCUUUGGAGACGGCGAAAGACGAAGGUGUCGAAGUGUCGGUUGAGGAGGAAGGCGAAGAUGAGCGAGAUGUUACGGAAGAAAAGCCAAUUCCUGGCGAAGUUGACGAGGAGGAUGAGACACCUUCAGAAGAGGACCACGUGAAAGAGAGCAACAUGGAAACUACAGGAGCAACUUCGUCCUUGGAACCUUCCGCGACAGACCUCGAUGCAAGUUCUUCAGAUACAGUUGCAUUGUCCGACCUGGCCACUCCAUCAUUGCCACCUCAGCAACCCGACUUGGCUACCGCCAAUCAACUUCUUUCCUCGACAGUGCUUCCUUCACAGUCAUCAGCAUCAUCCAGCGAAGCUGAACCUUCGCUGCCUUUGGAAACGGAUUCAACUGCCAGCUUAGUUGAUAAACCUUCAGUAGUAACUGCCUUGGAUGGGUCUUCAACUGAAUCUCACCUGUCCAGCCUGCCGACAUCUUCGCCAGACGUUUAUUCAUCACAGUCACUCGAGCAGCCUUCUUCGUUGUCGACUGCAACUUCCCUGCCCGUAGAAACUGAGCUUGGUACAAAUGCUGUUGAAGAACCUGCCCCGACCCCGAGCUCAAUUGAUGCACUGUCAGACCAGCUGCACUUGAAGCCAGCUGCAUCCGAAGAUGUAGCUGUCUCCUCGUUGCUACUGUCUGAGCAGUCUUCUCCCUCUACUUUUGCAUCAUCCCCCUCUCAAGAAAUAGAACCCAUUGAAAGCACUACUGAAAAACUUAGUUUGUCAGACGCAACUGUGCCACCGGUUGAACUACACACGACGGAGACGUCUUCCUCCCUGGAUGGUCCCUCAGCUGUAUUCUCCUCUGAAUCCGAUGAAACCCCUAUUUCGUCAGUUUCAGCACCACAGCCUGUAAAGGCUAGUCUGAGUUCAAGCUCAGCUGCUGAACCCGCAGUGUCGGAAUCGCCCGUGUCAUCCCAGGAACAGCAGAUGCAAGGUUCCUCACUCGCCGAGCCCCUUGUCUCACAGUUGCAGUCAUCACUCGUUGAUAGUAGCAUUGGAACAACAGCGUUGCCCGUUUCUUAUGAAGGCACAGUGGAAAGCUCUUAUGUCAAACCUUCGGAAUCCAUCCUGACUACACCGUCGCUGGAACAGCAUCGUGCCGACAUUGCUACCUCCGAAGACCGCUUUAUCAUGACUCCAUUGGCUCCCCAGUCCGAGGAAACUCUGUUGGCUCCCCAGUCCGAGGAAACUCUAUUGGCUUCCCAGUCCGAGGAAACUCCAUUGGCUCCCCAGUCCCAGGAAACUCUAUUGGCUCCACUGUCCAAGGAGACUUCAUCGGCUCCACAGCCUGAGGAGUCUUCUGCAGAAAGUGCGGCUUCCCUGAUGUCCUCAGUAGCGCCUUCUCCAGAACCUAGUGAUCGGGUGGAUCUGGAAUCCACCGUGACUUCUCAAGCAGAGGUUGCACCUCCGGAACCCACCGCUGAGGCUCUCGUCUCUCCCUCCUUGCUGCCGGCAGAUGGCCUGGCCGCUUCACCAGAGCAAGCCAAGACGGAGCCGAGCCAAGAGCAGCCGAGUGGUGGUGCCAUGGACUGGGGUGUGAUGGACGAGUACUUCUGGCAGAUGCUGGCUCUGUUGCCCGAGCCUUUGCGAGCAGCACUGGACCGGCGUCUGUUGCCGUCCCCGGUGACACUGCUGCUAGCCUGUUGCGGCCUGCUAGCUGCCAGCAUGGCAAUCACCCUUCACGCUGCCUAUCUGCAUCGUCGAAAAGCAUCGUCGCUUGCAGGCAACAUGUCCAUGCUGGAGCAGCGGCUUUUCACCCUGGAGACGGAGCGGCAGGUGCUGUCAGAGCAGCUGGUGCAGGCCAAGGCACAGGCAGAUCGCGGAGGUCGCACCCUGUCUCAACACGAGCGUGAGCUGGACACACUCCGCGAGGAAGUCCAGAACCAAGAAGAAGAGUUGCGCAAGCUUCGCACUCGCCUGUCUGAGCAAACUCAGAAGCUGGAGGCGAACCAGGUUGCGCUGGCCGUGGCUCAAAAGACGUUGAUUGAGAAAGAGGCUGAAGCGAGUGAACAGAGUGCUGCGUUGGCCUCCCUGGAGCGGCAGCUGAGCGAGGUGUGCGCAGAGCGCGACCUCUGGCGAGGGCAGGCCACCGAGAGCCAGGCUCAGGAGCGGUCGCUACAGCAGAGCCUCUCGGAUGCCACCGACACCAGUGACCGACUCUGGAGCGAGCUGGAAGCACUCAAGCACAAGCAAGAGGCCCUGUGUGAGGAGGUGAGUGCGAGCAACCAGGAGGCCACCAAGAUGGCCGAGCAGCUGAAGCAGAAGGACGAACGCAUCCAGGUGCUGGAAUCUUCCCUAACACAACUGGAGGUGCUUCAGAGGCACCGGACUACCUCAGAGGGCGAGAACGAGCCCGAGGCCGAAGCUGACGAGGAAGGAGCAGCAAAGGCUCGGCUGCAAGAGCUGCUGGACGCUACACAGGCGCGCAAGGAGCGAGACCAAGUCGAGGAGCAGCGGCGGCAGCUGCAGGCACAGCUCGACGAGAUGCAGGAGCAGCUGUGUUCGCAACAAGUGCGUGUGGAGUCCCUGGAGAAAGAGUUGGAGAAGAGCGCGGCGGCAAAGGCCGAGGCCGAGCGGCAGAGCGCGGAGGCCCAGACCAAGCUCGAUGUGCUCUCCAACUACUUCAAGGACCGUGAGCUGCAGCUGCAGAAGGAAGUGGGCAUGCAGGAGGUGGAGCGACGACAGCGGAUGACCGAAGCCAGUACGGCCACUCAGCAGCUCGCACUGCUAGAGCAGCAGUGCCAGUCUUACAAGUCUCAGUUGUCGUCACUGCGUCAGGAGAUGGAGCUGUCUGAGCGCAACUACAAAAACCAGGUGGCAGACCAGGAGAAGCGGGCACACGAGAAUUGGCUGGCUGCACGGGCCGCAGAGCGCAAGCUGGAAGAGGCCAACCGGGAUCGGACAGCCCUGCGCCAGAGGUUAACCUUGCUGGAGCGGGAAAUGCAGCAGCCACCGCCGUUACCACCGGGCGAUCUGUUCCCACCGCGGCCUCCGCUCCUAACCAAGGACGAUGUGCCGCUGCUGGACGGUGCCCCGCCCCUGCCUCCCCUGGACAUGCUGCCACCGCCACCGUUCCCGCCAUUCCCCCCGCCGCCACCCCCCGAGCUGCUCAAGCACAUGCGCGCGACGGGUGGCAGCCCACACUUCUUUGAUAUGGCGCCGCCCCCGCCGCCGUUCGUGCCACUCGUGCCACGACCGGGCCGCUCCAGCCAGGCCUCUGUUAGCUCCUCCGCCUCGGACAGCAGAGGUCGGCCACUCAAGUCUAGUCCCCAGCCGUUGUCAGCGGACAGUCGACGAAAUGGCACCGGUGGUCGCAACACACCGCUAUGAUACCCCUGACAUUAGGAAAGGACUGUAAAUGGGGGUGGUGGUACUUCAAUCGUCCGCUACCCUCCAGCCCCAGGGGGUGUUUUCAAAUGACCCGCUAGGAGAGCGUGAGGUGGCCCUCACAACCACUCGCCACGCUACCAUGAAAUGCUGGGGAUGACCCAACCAAGCAUCGUUCGUACAUGUGCCCCGCUGCUACUGAGCAAAGACACUGCGGUUUUCAUCCUGGCACCUGCGUCUACUCGCGGUUGCAUAGACGUGUGUAAAUAAAAAUGAUGGAUCCUGUC